AUGGGAGACCUCAACUCGUCAACUUUCAUCCAACCGUGGAAUGUUUCUAUCGUUGAUUACAAUGGAACGGAUCAUUUGUGGUCAAAGCUUGCUCCAUCAUGGGUCGGCACUCCCAAUGUCAGAGGCACGUUCGAUAUACUUGAAAGUUGCAUCUUUACCCUCAUCGCCUGCGUCUUCACGGCCCUUCAUCUUGACGUAAUUCCGAACCCCAAAUGGCAACGGCUUCUGUUCGAAAAGGCAAAAUGGGUCCUGUUAACUAUCGUAAUCCCAGAAGUCUCCAUACUGACCGCUACUAAUCAGCUUCUUGAUGCCUGGAUUCUCAAGUCGGGCCUUGAAAAGAUACAGAUACGACAGAAGUUAACGAAAUCAAGUCCUGAAGCUGAUUUCGAGAUUAACUUGAAGUAUGCCUACUUUAUCAUCAUGGGGGGACUUCGUUUCGACGUCAACGAUAUCUUGUCUAUUCCGGAUAUCGACCCUACAGCUGAGAAGUUUUUCAAAGACCCCAAAAAUGGCCGGAAAACCGUUCGUGCAGGUCCGCCUGCUAUACUUUCACUAGCCAAAAAUGGACAUUGGAUCAAAAUCCAGGAGAAUCAGAUUGACGACAAGAGUAAAGCUAACAUAUUCCAGAAAGCACUUGUUCUUAUUCAAGUGCUCUGGAUGAUUAUGCAAUGUGCUUGGAGGUUUGCAUAUGGAUUUCCACUUACACUACUGGAAGUCCAUACCAUGUUACACGUUAGUUUUGCUGUUGUCCAAUAUUGUUUCUGGAUCAAGAAGCCUUUAGAUGUCCAGGAAGCAAUCGUUGUUCAUCCGCAUGGUUUCGAGGCCGAACUGGCCAUUAUGUUGCAGAAACAGUUCUACAGCAGGAUGUCAUACAGACUAGCCCUCUUCACUUCGCAACAAACCCCAGAACAGCCACCUCCACUAGGACCUUUUGGGAGACAAAUGCGAUGGAUCGAUCAAGCAGCGCCAGCACAAAUGAAAGUUGGCGAUAUUCUUACGUCUGGGCUCGCUCUAUACAGGACAGAUGUCGCUGAUGGUUGCUUUCCGCUCGAGAACAUAUGGGGUGCUACGACAGUGGUGAAACACAAAAUCAGCUCGAAAACGACAUCCCCGGAUUUUUCUUUCGACCUCACAACUGAGUUCCUUAGGCGAUGGGAUGCCAUUCUGUCCAAAUUUCCCGACGAACAACGAGAGAACCUAGCUGAAACGUCGAGACAGUAUCAAAUCUGGAGAAGUGACGUUGAAGCCGGUAUACCGGACCUCCCGGAGAGAGAGAAACGCAUCCUUCUCCUUAUGCGGCUAGAUGAAUUCAGGCACGAGCUGCUGUUAGAUCGCGAGAGGGAAUUUUGGGAGGGUAGAAGCAUCUUCUCCCUAGAUAUUGCUCCACAUUUUGAGACGCAAGGCUUUCGUGAGACAUAUGGUCCCAUAUGGAAGUUCUGGAGGUAUGGCAAGGCAUCACUCCUCGCUGCAAUUUAUUCUAUUUUUUAUGGCGGUUUUCACUUUGCACCGACAUUUCUGUUCAAGUUCCCUUCAUACAUUGAGGAACUCCUAUGGAAGCUAAGCUGUUUGUUUAUCGCAGGCGCGUUGCCUCUUUAUUUUACUAUAUCAGGCUUGAUCUGGCUCAGCAUUUGGUGUCUGUUUCUCAACGAGUCUUAUGUUCUCGUCUUCCCACAGCACACACCUGAAUCUCUCAAGAGGAUCAUAAGAAAGCUCGCCAAGUUCUAUUGCAUAUACUUGCUAUCUGUUUUAGGUAUCGUAUAUGUUCUCUCAAGGGCCUUCAUUGUCGCUGAGAUUUUUGCGAGCCUGCGGUAUUGUCCCGUUGGAGUUUUCAUCACCUUUCAGUGGUUGCAGCUGUUUCCUCAUUUUUAG